AGUCUCUUGCAUUCAACGUAUAUCUACCCGUUAGAUAUUACACUGAGAAAUGAUCUGCAGAAGUUAUCAUCGCUUCAAUAUUUACAAAAAAUUAUUGUAGGAAGUUUUUGUUGAAUCAUAAAACAUUUUUUGCAAGAUGAAGCCACUCGUGUGACCAUUAAAUGAAGUAUUUAUGAGACUUCAUGUUGGCGUUUUGUUGCUGUUGUAGUCACUGAAGCUUGUUUUUUGUAGGAUUAUCAUAAAAUUGUCAAAUAUCCAAUGGAUCUGGGUACAAUCAAACGUCGCUUAGAAUCAAAUUAUUAUUACAGUGCCAAAGAGUGUAUUACAGAUUUGAAUAUGAUGUUCACAGAUUGUUAUUUAUAUAAUAAGCCGGGAGAGGAUGUUGUUAUUAUGGGUGCAACGUUAGAAAAAGUAUUUCAUGAGAAAUUAUCCGAAAUGCCUGCAAUGGAAAUUGAAAUUCAACCUCAUUCGGCAAAGUCAAGUGGAAAACCAGCACACGGCAAUUUAACAACAUCAGUUAUUUCACCAUCAACAGCCAGUGAACACAUGAUGUCACCAGUUCAUUCUCCAUCAACUCCCUCAAUUGUAACGCGAGCAAAUUCUCAUUCAAAUGCUCCUGGACCAUCACCUCGUCAUCGUUCGUCUUCUGCUACCAACAACAGUGCAAUUCCAUCUCCAUUCUCACCAACAUCUUUGAACAAUAUUGAUCAUCAUUCUCAAUCACAAGCACCAUCUUCUCCUUCAUCAAGCAAAUUUUCUCUGGCAACUCCAUCUAUUUCUUCAUCUCAAUCUUUGCCAAAUACAACCACAACAUCUUCGCGGAAUAAUAACAGCAAUACAUUAACCAUUUCAAAAACAGAUCUUCAUCCGCAAUUAAACAUCUCGUUAGGAAUGAUAGCCACAACAAAUAAAAGUGAACCAUUGACGCCAGUGUCGUCGUCUCAAACACCAUUCACUUCUUCGUCUUUCGCAAAAUCUUCUAAUGCAAAACAAAAACAAACAGUGACUGGUGGUAAAGGAAUUAAACGAAAAGUAACCGAUACGUCAUUGACAUCAUUCACGACGAAUGACAACAACUCAACAACUGAUACUCAAUUGAAUGUAUCAGAUACGCGAGAAAGUCAAUCUAGACGAGUACAAGAUUCAACAAAUAGUAGUAGACAUAAACGAGUCAAAUAUGCAGAUAAUAUAAGAACAGAUGGAAGCGAGACGAGUCCGUCAAAACGUCCUAAAAAUCGUAUGACCGAACAACUAAAGUAUUGUUCAAGUAUUAUUAAAGAUUUGUUUCAUAAAAAACAUUCGGCAUUUGUUUGGCCAUUUUAUAAACCGGUUGAUGUUGAGCAACUUGCAUUACAUGACUAUCAUGAUAUUGUCAAGAAACCGAUGGACUUAGGAACAGUGAAAAAAAAACUAGAAAACCGAGAAUAUAGUACACCAGAUGAAUUUGCCACUGAUGUUCGAUUAAUAUUUUCAAAUUGUUCUUUAUAUAAUGGUCCGAAUACAGAUGUUGUACAAAUGUGUAAAAAAGUUCAACAACUAUUUGAAAGUAAAUAUGAAAAAAUGCCUGAUGAACCGCCUCCACCCAUCAUCAAUAAUGAACUCAUGUCCACAGAUUUAUCUUCAAAAAUGGGUGGAACAUUACCAUCCUCAGCGGCAAUAACCGCUAAAAAAUCAUCUGAUUCGAAUAAAAAACAUUCUUCUCGGCAUCGUCAUUCAUCUAACCAACCAAAUUCAUCAUCAAUGGUAUCGAGUUCAGACGAGUCUACCUAUUUAAGUUCAGCAGAACAUGAAAGUGGUGAUGAGGAUAAAAUUAGGCAAUUAUCAACUUUACAUGAUCAAGUAAAAGUGAUAAGUGAAACAAUAAUUCAAAUGUUAAAACGUGAAACGGAACGUUUAACAUUAAAACGUAAACAUCACAAUAAACCGAAACGUUUGAAUAAAUCAAAGCCAAAAGUAUUUUCACAAACAGCAGCAGUCGAUGCUCUUUCAUCAACGAUGUCAGCCAUGCGAGCAAUGAACAAUGAUAUUAAUGAGAAACUACAUGGUACACAUUCGAAUACUCAAUUAUUAAAUCCCGCUGCCUAUUCCACGUCAACAAUGCCUCUAGCAACACGAAAUCCACCAGGACUCAUAACUGCAACAAAAGUUAACAGUAAACAAACACAACCUUCAUCAUCACUCACCGGUUUACUAACAUCUAGUACACAUUAUCCACUCUCAGGUGCACCUCAAACAAAUGGAUUAUUUUCACAGUAUUCAAUGGGUGCUGGAAAACAACAACAACCGAUUAGUCAAUCGACUACACCGAUAGUUCAAGCACCACCACCGACCAGGGGGGGCAAAGGAUCUAGAGGAGGUGGCACUGGUCAAGGAGGAGCAAAACGGCAAACGAAAGCCCAGACAAUACAACAUGCUAACGCUCUGGCUGCUCUCACUCUCAAUUCCAAGGGAGCUACAAAUUCAAUACUACCAGGUGAUACUGAAGAUGAAGAAAACAAUGCUAAGCCAAUGACAUAUGAUGAAAAACGCCAAUUAAGUUUAGAUAUUAAUAAAUUACCGGGUGAAAAACUUGGUAGAGUUGUACAGAUUAUUCAACAGCGUGAACCAUCGUUACGUGAUUCGAAUCCAGAUGAAAUUGAAAUAGAUUUUGAAACAUUAAAACCGUCAACAUUAAGAGAAUUAGAAUCCUAUGUUAAUUCAGUUUUGAAGAAAAAACCACGAAAACAAUAUCCUGUUGCAACAGUCGAUAAACGUUCAUUAGCUAGAACGCAAAACGCUCAACGUAAAGAAGCAUUAGAAGAAAAAUUAAAAACUGUUCAAACACAAUUAGGAGCAAAACCGAAACAAUCAUCAACAAAUACAAUGAGGAAAAAAGAUGAUUCAUCGAAUGCUGGUGUGAAUUCAUCUCAAGUACAUUCGAGUGGCAAUGGUAGUGCUAUAUUAACGUCAGCUGGUGGUGUUAGUGGAAUGGGUACAGCACCACAAGUAUCGACUAGACGUUUAAGUGAUAGUUCAGCAUCGGAUUCUGGCUCAGAUUCAUCACGAAACGGUGAUGAUACUGACAACACAGAAGGACCGAAACAAACCAAUGUACCUGUUCCUAUUACUAAUAAUAAUUAUUCAGCCACAAAAGCAACGGGUCAACAGAUCGCUACGAAAGUGUCUGGCGAACGUGUUUCGUCGCCGAUACAAACUGAAGCAAAAAAUGAUGCAAAUGUUGCUGAUAAUAGUGGUAAUAGUAAAACUUCAAAUGAUAAAACGGCAACUGUUCAUGAUUCAACAAAUUCAUCAGUUGUUAAUCCCACUACAGUUUCUCAUCCAUUAACAAAUGGUAUUAUGACAACAUCAAAUGAUCGUCCUCAGUUUUCUCUCGAAGAUGAUUUAUCUAAUGAAUCGAUGAAUCAACAGAAUAAUAAUAAUACUUCACCAUUAUCGAAACAUAGUGAUCAAGAUGAAAAAGGAACGAAUGAUGAUACAUUGAAAAAGAACACAAGUUCAUCAAAAUUAAAUUCAUGGAAAGACCAAGCUUUUCUUCAACGAAUGCAACAACAAGCAAAAACAACACAACCAAAAGUACAACCGUCAAAUCUCACACAACAGUUUGAUUUAUUUGCCAAACAAGCAAAAGCGAAAGAAGAACGAGAAAAAAUGUUCAAAGAACAAGAGGCAAAAAAACGCGAAGAUGAAGCUAAACAACGGGUGGAGAAAGAUAAACAAGCUGCACCAGCUUCAACAACAUUAACCACAGCUUUGAAAAAAGAACAAGAUAAAUCAGGACGAACUAAUGGUCAGUCUCAUACGUCUACAUCUCUAACUUCCAUUAAACAAUCGACAGGAAAUUUAUCCGAUGCUUCGCCUUCUCCACCACCUCCAGUAUUACAAACUUCUCUAUCAUCAGCAUCGUUGACACCUGAUGUUGGAGCAACAGUCGAAGAUGAACAACGACGACUACGAGAAGUGGCAAGAAAACGUGAAGAAGACAGAAAACGGAGAGAGUUACAAUUAUCUACUGCACCGCUUCCAUCGUUCAACCGUGAUAUGAUGCUCGAAUUUGAAUCUGGUUAUAGUUAA